AUGAUGCGAAAAUCUUUUUUAAAUCCGCCGCUGAAAACUCCACAGCAGCUGUUGCUUGUAGAUUCUCUGUCCAGCUUUGUCCUCAGUGCGGCCCACUGCUCCAGUGAUGAGAGCGGCAAAGACACUUGCCUGCUCCGUGCUCGCGACCUCCGCCGUUGCCAUGAAGAGGAGGAAGAGGAGCAGCCAGAGGAGGAAGAGGAGCAGCCAGAGGAGGAAGAGGAGCAGCAAGAGGAGGAAGAGGAGCAGCAAGAGGAGGAAGAGGAGCAGCCAGAGGAGGAAGAGGAGCAGCAAGAGGAGGAAGAGGAGCAGCAAGAAGAGGAAGAGGAGCAGCCAGAGGAGAAAGAGGAGCAGCAAGAGGAGGAAGAGGAGCAGCCAGAGGAGGAAGAGGAGCAGCAAGAGGAGGAAGAGGAGCAGCCAGAGGAGGAAGAGGAGCAGAAAGAGGAGGAAGAGGAGCAGCCAGAGGAGAGGCCAGGCUAG